GAUUACAUGGGGAAACUGGGUGAUGACGAGACACUAUGUAUGACACUUCUUUCCGCCGCCGAGUGGACAGUUGAUCUUCUCAACUUCCUUCUCCGACAACUCGAAGCAUUACAUAAGAUUGAGCCUCCACUUAAAAAAGACCCCACAGUUACCAAAUUUCACGACGUCUAUCUUCGAUUUGUUCAAAUGAUGAGUGAAAACGGGAUGGUCGACAACAGUCGUGAUCCUUCUGAUUAUAAUGAGGGAGGUUAUGUCACUUCUAUUGCAUUUGAAAUCGAUGCUGGGAUUUUCUAUUACAAGCAAACUAAGUCUAGCAAUGAGGCUUGUGAUCUCAUCCAACGUAUUGUUGAAAUUGAAAAAGUUCAUGAACCGCAAAAGAAAGCCUCUGAAUUAGAGGGAAAAAAGCUUGACCCUUCAAUAUCUAUAAAGUAUAUCGAACAUCAGAUUGAGUUGGUAAAGCAAUUUCCGAUGGAGAAAUUGUACUCUGAAGCCGUAUACCUCAUUCCAAAAGUUUGCCCUAGAGACAAGAUUAGGCCAAUGGUGUGCGAAGCCAUAGAUUAUGUUGCUAAGAUUAGCGGUGCCAUGGUUAAAGAAAGAGUUCGUUUCUGGCGAGAGCAUCCGGAGAACGUGGCAAGCAAGAGCAUGGAUAAAAGACACAAUUCGAAUGGAUUGAACGAGAAGCUUGAAUCAUUGCUCAACGUG